GGAAGCCGGAAGGGGGGCUGUGAGGACGUGUUCUCUGGAAGCCAGCGCGGGACCUGGCGGGGCCGGCAACAUGGAGCCGCUGUACCAGCAAACGCACAAGCAGGUCCACGAGAUCCAGUCUCACAUGGGACGCCUGGAGACAGCCGACAAGCAGUCUGUGCACUUAGUAGAAAACGAAAUCCAAGCAAGCAUAGACCAGAUAUUCAGCCAUCUAGAGCGUCUGGAGAUCUUGUCCAGCAAGGAGCCUCCUAACAAAAGACAGAAUGCCAAACUUCGUGUCGACCAGUUAAAGUAUGAUGUCCAGCACCUGCAGACUGCUCUCCGAAACUUCCAGCAUCGGCGAUACGCAAGGGAGCAGCAGGAAAGACAGCGAGAAGAGCUUCUGUCCCGCACCUUCACCACUAAUGUAAGCCAGGCGCCUGGGUGGGAUCUGCAGGAACUCGACAGCUUGUGGGAGCUGCAGCUCAGGGCUCUGAGCGGCGGUCUUUUAGGGGGUGUCUGA